AUCAAGGCCUCUCCUCAGCGGAUCACAUCAUCACAUCCUAACACAGGAAUCAGGAAGGUUAAGAAUGGCCGGUUCCGUCUUCCAUGUGUUGCUGCUAGCAACAUUAUUAUUACCAGAGUUACUGUUGGCUGGCCCUGUGACCCAGCGUUUAAAAGGAGAUGAUGGAAAUGAUGAAAAGGCAGGCGCUGAAGCAGGUCCAAUGAAACUAAUCCGCAACAGGAGAAACAUCAGUUGGUACAAACAGCACUCUGACUUCUGGAACUGGUACAAAUACUUCACAGACAAUGGGAACCAAGAGGGAGUUGCUGAGCUGGAUCGCGUCUAUCUUGCAUACUUGCAGAACAAGAAUCGGGCUGAGGCACGUAGCUCCUACAAGCUGUACCUGCAGCACCUUAGCGACAUCUACAAAUCUUGUGCUGAGUCUGGUGACCCAAACUGUGUGGCCUCGUACACUAGCAGACCCAAACCCAAAGCUGAGGCACCAGCGCCUGCGCCAGUCAAGUCCUGCGACCCUUAUAGAGACCCAUACUGCUUGUACUCAAAGGGAUACUCAUAUUACCCAUACAUGACUCCGGCUCCAGUCGCUGUCAAAGCUCCUGCACCUGCCCCAGUCAAAGCCCCAGCCUACAUCCACACCCCUGUGGUGAAGGACCCACGUUCUGGUUACUACUACUACUCUCCAUUGGUGCAACCCUUCCUGUCAGCCGAGCAAAGGGCUGAGCUGUUGCGCAUCUGCGAUGCAGAAGAUGUCGAGUGUCUUCAGUAUCACCUCCGUGCUGCUUAUGGAUACAAGCCCGCUGCUGCCAUGGCUCCAUCCUACGCUCAUCUCGGCUGUGACCCUAAGACCGACCCUCACUGCGUCCCCCAUAUGGCCCAGAAGGCGCCAUCCGGUCUCUACAUGCGUUAUCCCCACUGUGACCCUCGGGUUGACCCAUACUGUGCUUAUGCUGCUGCUCUGGCAUCUUCGCAAAACCUUGAAGCCCCAUCUUCUGGACCUUGCAAUCCUCUGUACGAUGAUAACUGCAACCCUUUGACAGCUACGAGGUUUGGCAGCUUGGCUCCUGAAAAUCUGAAGGACGAGCCUGCUUCUGAAGCCGGUGCCAUGCGGGUACCCCCAAGCUCUCGUCGUGACCCCUACACCAUGUAUCGAGAUGCAUCUGCUGGGGCUGACCUGCGAAGACACCCACCUACACAACUCCAGCCUCCAAGGCACCAACCAGAGGAAGCUCAACACCCUUUGGGACCCCGUGGGAAGACCAAGGAGGGAUAUGACUGCUUCAUCGGGUACGAUGAAGAGUGCUACCCACUGGGUUCCCAAAACGAGCACCGCCCUCCUGUGCACCGACAGCCGUCCCUCCCAACCGAAGCCUAUGAGCCCCACCUGAAUGCUGAUGGAUCCAGAAAUGGAGUGAUCGAACCUGAUCCCGACUGCGACCCGGAGUAUGACAGAAACUGCCGUUUGCGCCGCUACGACCCUGAGGUGGCCCAACCCGCCAGUCCAUCACCUCAAGAGGAGCCAGCCCAGGAGGAAUCCCACCAUGAAGAGGUCCCUCAGCGUAGAGAAGAGUCCUACCCUGAGGCCCCAGGCUACGACCAGCAGCAGUAUGAGCCCUACAUGAGCGGACAAGGAGAUCCAUAUGCCAGAUAUGGCUCUCAGGAGCCAGGAGCGACUAGUUUUCAAGAUAUCCUGAGAGGAUACGGUAGUCGGUAUCCUGGCCAGGACGACCACCGUGCCUAUAACGGAGACUACAGAAAGAAAUAAAUACCUGUGACAAUGUAUACCAAGAAUAGUCAGGACACAACAUGUUUUUUUUACACACUUGUAGAAAGGUGCACACAGGAACUCACUUGGUUCACUCACAAUAUUUUCGAGAGCUGCUGAAAUUUCCUAGCUCUGGAGUUUGACAGCACUUGUAUAGGAAAGGUUUUUUUUUUUUAUUCUUAUGAUUUCUUGCUGAU